AUGUGGAAAGUCUGUAAGGAUGACCCCCGGCGAGCCAUUCACGCUGUCAAAGUCGGGCUUGCACUCACUCUGGUCUCCAUGCUCUACCUCCUUGAGCCCCUCUUCGAAGGGAUCGGCCAGAACGCCAUUUGGGCCGUCAUGACCGUCGUCGUCCUCGAGUUCACUGCCGGGGUGACCCUGUGCAAGGGGCUGAACAAGGGAUUAGGCACCAUCUUGGCGGGUUCAUUAGCGUUUCUAAUCGAGUUCAUCGCCGAGGCAACAGGGCAAGUCGACUGCGCCAUCUCAUCGGUUUGCGCGGUCUUCAUUAUUGGGGCGGCGACGACUUACCUGAGGUUCUUGCCGUACGUGAAGAAGAACUACGACUACAGAGUCGUCAUCUUCCUCCUCACCUUCAAUCACAUCACUGUCUCCAGCUUCCGGGUCAGCAAAGUUAUGAAGAUCGCGCACAACGGUGGAGGUUGGGUCAGGUACGAUAUGGGGGUUUGUAGAAAAGAAAUUAUGUUUUUUUUAAUUUUUUAA